AUGAGUGAUCUCGGCGACGAACAGGCCCCAAGCAAUUCACUAUGGCAGCGCGACAUCUCUACCACAUCAAACGAAGCGGCCAGCGGUAGAAACCUGCUCGUGGGCAUUCAACAACCUCAGAACAUAUCCUAUCAUGCUGCAAAGGUUCUCAAGCGUAUGGAGCGACCUAUUGUCGAUGGCGUGGACUGCAUUGUCGAGGUGUGGAUGUUGGCAGGUAUAUGGGAGGUAGUCUCUUACAUAGCACCCUUGUAA